CCAUCACUACCUGGCUUUAUGCUGGGGCUGGGGAGCCAGAAAGUGCUCUAGCCUCCACUUGAAGCUGAACAGGGACCUCAGACCUGAGAACCUGCUUUACUACAGCCAGGAUGAAGAGUCAAAAAUCAUGAUCAGUGACUUUGGAUUGUCAAAGAUGGAGGGUAAAGGAGAUGUGAUGUCCACAGCCUGUGGGACUCCUGGCUAUGUUGCUCCUGAAGUUCUGGCCCAGAAACCCUACAGCAAAGCCGUGGACUGCUGGUCUAUUGGGGUCAUCGCAUACAUCCUGCUCUGUGGGUAUCCCCCCUUCUAUGAUGAAAAUGACUCCAAACUCUUUGAGCAGAUCCUUAAGGCGGAGUAUGAGUUUGACUCUCCAUAUUGGGAUGACAUCUCCGAGUCUGCUAAAGACUUCAUUCGAAAUCUGAUGGAGAAGGACCCUAAUAAAAGAUACACUUGUGAGCAAGCAGCGCGGCACCCUUGGUAAGCAACAGUCACUGCUGUGUGA